AUGGAGACACAGCAACCACCAACACCAGCCCAGAUUGAUAACUGGCAUGCCCUAGGUUUCAUAUAUGGAGUAGAAGACGGGAUCGCAACAGAAGCUCCCACCGAUAUAUUACUUGAAUCUCCUACAUCCCCUCCAUCCACCAUUCCCUUCGACGAGGAUUCACCUCCGCGGCAGUUACCUAGCGAACAUGUGCCGUCGGGUGAAGAGGUUGGAGAAGCAGCGGGUUCCCCUCCACCAGUCAUCGAAAUCAGUGACGAUGAGGAGAAUCAUCAUACACGCCCACGACGUCGACGUAGGGUUCGCCCUGAUUAUGCUUAUCGAGAUUACCAAGAUACAAUGGAGCAUGCGAUUUCGGCACCACCCCUAGGCAAACGGAAAAGAGAAGAUUCCGAUGUGGUGGAUUUUCGGUCUAAAAUUAAGCGAUUUGUGAAGGAAAUCACAGAACCAUAUGAGGCCUUGAAAAAGGAGAACAAACGAUUGAAACUAGAGAGAGAUGAAUGGAAGAAGAAAGAGAAACAGUUUCAGAAUCAAAUUCAAUUUCUAAAGCGACAGAACGAGGAACAGAGGCGCCGCAAUAUUUUGAAGUGUGCCUUAUGCCAUCGAACGUUCAACGACAGCUGGAAAGUUCUGGGACGUGGUCAUACACUGUGUGAGGAUUGUGUGAAGGAUAUCAAGUCCAAGGGUUUUGUGUUCGAGUAUCCUUGUCCUUACCCAGAGUGCAAGAAGCCGAUUCAGUCUUGCCAGGAUUUUUAUCCAAACGUGGUGGAAGCAUAG